UAUUAAAGUGAUCUCAGACUGUGCAUAUUAAUACAAGCAAUAGAUUUGAGCCUGGUCCAAUUCUACAAAAAUGCUACCCAGAAUCAUAUUUUGCUUUGCGGUUGUUUUAGCCAUUGUGGUGGUUGUCCUGUUAGCCUUGCUCUCACCGGUAAGUCACAAAAGCUCAUCGAAGAACGCUUCCCGACCUUGGCUGGACCUUUCCAUGUACAUUCAACAGCCACAUAUUUCAACCUCCAGCACCCAGCCUGUUGCCCAGUCAGAUGCCGGAGCCUUCAUCUUUCACCGUGUGCUCACGGAGGGACCUGAGAACACGUCUCGAGUAGUCGGAAAAGCCCAAGGCUUCAUUAUCCCGAUAGAACAUUUUUCCAAUUCUGCUUUCAACAUAAUUUAUCUCACUUUCGAAACACCCGAGUUUAACGGAAGCCUGAGUGUCGAGGCCAAGCACGUCGAAGACGAGGAAAGACAAGAAUUAACAGUGGUCGGAGGAACAGGCUAUUUUGCAUUUGCACGUGGGCUUGCAAUUUUUAUGCAGACUAAAUCCCAGUCACCCGUAGCUGAUCCUGCUUAUCAUGUAAAGCUUCAGCUUAGAUUUCCUAAUAGAUCUCAGACCAUUCCAGGAUGAGGCAGCAAACGUAGAAUCAUCCAUUGGAGAUGUCCUUGUUUUAAUAUCUCCAAAUUUGAUAGACAAAUUUCAACUGCCUAAAAAGUAAACAAACCCAGCAAAAGGAAGAUGAUUUUCCAAGGGCAUGAGCCAUGAUUCAAGUUGCUGCAGUAGUAAUAUUAGAAGUUGAGCAAUGGUAUGCAUUGAUGGUUGGAGCCUGUGGGAACGGAAAUUUAUACUUAUGAGUUUUGAUCCCAAUGGUAUUUCCUCUUAUUGGAUCGGUUAGAUUGUUUAAAAAUAGUUAAUACAAAAUUAUGGUGUUUAAAUAUAUAAAGAAGCAAGCUAAUUAUUAUGGGG